CGGCGAAAUCUCACAUCUCCCAAAAUCACAGCCAUCCAAUCUCUCUCUUUCGCUCGCAAAUCUCCCAGCUUCCCCUCUCCUCCUCAUAUCUCACAAAAUCUUCUUCCUUCCCUCUGCAAAAAUCUCCCAAUUGAAUCUUUUCUCAUUUCACAACCAUGAGUGACCAAGGAGAGAAGACUUGCCCACUAUGUGCUGAAGAGAUGGAUCUCACUGAUCAGCAAUUGAAGCCUUGCAGAUGUGGCUAUCAGAUAUGUGUUUGGUGCUGGCAUCACAUAGUGGACAUGGCAGAGAAAGAUCAGAUAGAAGGGCGUUGUCCUGCUUGUCGCACUCCUUAUGACAAAGAAAAGAUUGUUGGGAUGACUGUUGAUUGCGACAGUCUGGCCUUUGAAACCAACAUGGAGCGCAAGAAGACUCAAAAGUCGAAAUCAAAACCUUCUGAAGGGAGAAAGCAACUCACUAGUGUCAGAGUCAUCCAGAGGAACCUUGUUUACAUUGUUGGGUUGCCCCUUAAUCUAGCAGAUGAAGAUCUACUCCAUCAUAAAGAAUAUUUCGGUCAGUAUGGAAAAGUUCUAAAGGUUUCCAUGUCCCGAACGUCAUCUGGUGCCAUCCAACAAUUCCCUAACGAUACAUGCAGUGUAUACAUUACUUAUGCAAAAGAGGAAGAGGCUGUCCGUUGCAUCCAGGCCGUUCAUGGGUUUACCUUGGAUGGUAAAUCACUGAAGGCGUGUUUUGGGACAACCAAGUAUUGUCAUGCAUGGCUGAGAAAUGCGGCUUGUGUUAAUCCUGAUUGUCUCUAUCUGCACGAGGUUGGUUCUCAAGAGGAUAGUUUCACAAAAGAUGAGGCCAUAUCUGCCCAUACAAGGAGUAGAGUUCAGCAAAUCACCGGAGCAACAAACAUACUUCAUCAACGUUCAGGGAGCAUGCUACCUCCACCACUAGAUGCUUUUUGCAGUGACAGUUCUUCUGCUAAACCAAUUGCAAAAGUUCCUUCAAGUAAUGCAGCAAGUGUUCCCAGGUAUUCUCCACCUAGUGGGAGUGGGAGCUCUAGCAGAUCCACUGCUCUUCCCGCUGCAGCGUCAUGGGGGACACAUAAUGCAAACCAGCAGUCUUUAGCAGCGUCGGUUAACUCAAAUGGAUCUUCUGAUAUACAAAGAACAACAUCAGUAAAUGAAACCUUGGCCUUCUCUGCUGUUGUUGCAAAUGCAGCUCAUGGACCUGUGUCCUCUAGUAACGUUCUUAAAAGACCAUCCAACAAAGAAGAAAAUCAAAAAGUUGUUGACAAAAGCAAGCUUAGGGUUUUGAAGCCUUUGCAGCCUAAUGUUGUGGUUGGUUCUGGGACCAAGAGAGCCACCUCACCUGAUAGAGAUUCUCCUAGCAAUCGGUUAUCCAGUUCAACAGACUCUUCCUACGAUGGCAGAGACGUUGACAAGCCUUCCGCUACUGUGAACUCGUUUGACGAUUCAGAUGAAGCUGUAGAAGAUGACCCUAUUGUAGGUAACUUGCGUGUUGGUGUUUCACAAGAUGGCUGUACUGUAGGAAACUUGGCUGUUGCUGUUUCACAAAUAGAGAUAGCCACGAAUUCGAGAGAUGAGCGUCCUGAUAUUCCAAUGGCAGUUGGUAGCAAGUGUGAUCAAGGUUCUAGUAGACAAUCUGAUCAUGAAGUAUCAAAGUUGUCACAUCUAGAGCAGUGUAAGAUGGAUAGCUCUAUAAAGACUGAUAAAAAAGAUAUACCAUCAGAGAGUGGGUUCCCUCAUACAAGGCCAGAGUGGGAUUGGAGAUUAGAUUUGCAAUCCCAAAUGCAAUUCAGCUCAAAAUUGGAUGUGGAGGAUAUCUCAUCAUUACAUAACCAAAGGCAUCACCGUGAAGAGGAUGUUACCAACUCGCUGUUUUUGUCUAACUCUUCAAGUUCCAUUUUGGAUUCAAAUCAUCUGGCUUCUCGUUCUUCCCUACCUUGUGAACCUUCAGGUGUAAACGGUUCAAACUUGAGAUUCCCUUCGGAUAGAGGCAGCGAUAGGUUGCAUUUUCCAAGUGGGUUUGGUGAGAAAUCCAUGUUCAGUGCGGAUCACUCUCUGUUUGCUAAUGAAGGCAGGAACAAAGUUCGCAGCGCAGAGGAUGAAGUAAUCUCAAACAUUUUGUCACUGGACUUUGAUCCUUGGGAUGAAUCCUUAACCUCACCCCAGAAUUUGGCUGAGUUACUAGGUAAAGUUGAUCAGCGAGCCAGUCCUCUAAAACCUUCAAACCUCCUGAAGCAACAUAACAGUCAGUCCAGAUUCUCUUUUGCACGGUACGAAGAAUCUAGUAAUCAAGCAUUUGACAGAGAGAACCAUAGCAUUUAUGGGCAGUUUUCAAGAGAUCAGCCUAUUCGAGAGUCUGUAGUGAGCCGAGAUAUCUAUCGUGAUAAUCUCGGGAAUCUAAUUGGAUUUGCUUCAAACUAUUCCGGUGGAUUAUUGGAAGACGUUGUUGCUGCUAGUCCUUUAUUCUCAUCGCACAAGACUCCUGUUACACGACCCCAAGUUUCUGCUCCUCCAGGAUUUUCUGCGCCCAGCAGGUUACCUCCUCCUGGCUUCUCUUCACAUGAAAGAGUUGGCCUAUCUUCUGCCAUGCUAAAGAAUACAUAUCAAGUACAGCCUCCAAUUGGGAAUCCAAGUGGUGCAAGUGAUAUAGAGUUUGCGGAUCCUGCUAUUCUAGCUGUUGGAAGAGGGAUGAUAAAUGCAGACUUGGAUAGGAGAUCAGUUUUCUCAUCACAAAUGAAUUCUUAUGGGAAUGAGACAGGACUCCAAAUGUCAAGACAUCAGUCUCUGUCUGCUGCACAACAACAAAAUGGGUUUCAUCAUGAUGUCAGAAACUUGUCUCCUUCGCCUAUCGAUCCUUACGGAUUUAACUCAAGGCUAAUGGAUCAACAGGCACAGGGAAGUAGCUUAUCUCUUUUCUCACAUGGAUCAACAAGACAACAACCAUCUGCAAAUCAAGCCUUGUCCAAUGGUCACUGGGAUAAGUGGAAUGAUGGCCAAAAUUUGAACUCUCUAGGCAUGGCCGAGCUACUUAGGAAUGAACGGCUGGGAUUCAAUGGGAGCCUAUACAACAACGGAUAUGAAGAUCCGAAAUUUCGUAUUCCAAGUCCCGGUGGGGAUGUGUAUAAUAGAACAUAUGGGAUGUAAUUCUGGCAUGAAGAGAGAUAUUCUACUUUGUUGGAUUUGCUCUGGUUGGUCCCAAGUUGAUGGAAGAAUCAUCAAAAACUGCUUCCAGUGACUGCUGCGCAGAGUGAAGAUGCAUGGCCCCAACAUAAUUUCACCAAGAGCAUUUUUGAACUCCAAAGGAGCGUGAAGAUGUUGAUGUUUGGUUGCCUUGUUGAUGCAUGUAAGCGUCCAAGUCCACUGGUUGGUUAGAGAGGCCGCCUCUUAUUUGUUUUCUUAUUCAAAACUGUAACUCAAUUUAGUUCUAUAGACAAUAAAGUUUUUAUCUAAAACAGUUUUAUACAAAAUAUAAUUGUUAUAGAAAAAACAUAUAAAAAAGAAAUCGGAAUAUUACUGUUGAAGUA